CCCCGAUAGCAGCCCCGGCGGCAGCCCCGGCGUUGGCAGGGCAGGAUGGGGGGCGGCCCGCGGCGGCCCGGGGCGCUCCCGCUGCUGGCGCUGGCGCUGCUGGCGGCGCAGGGCGGAGCGGCGCCCCUGCAGCCCGGCGGGACCCCCGCGCUCACCAAGAUCUACCCCCGCGGCAGCCACUGGGCUGUGGGACAUUUAAUGGGAAAAAAGAGCACUGGAGAUUUUCCUUAUGGUUUUGAAGAAGAAAACAAAACACCAUUUUCAGCAUUACCUGACAAUGCCAAGCAGCUGGAAGACUAUCUGCAGUGGGAAGAAAUCUCAAAAUAUUUGCUACGGCUGCUGGAAAGGAACGAAAAUAAAAGUGCUCACUUUUUAAAAGGAGGGCUUCCCUGGUACACCAGGAACACCUGGGAGACAGAUGACAAUAGCAGCUGGAAAGAUAUGAUGGACUAUCUGCUUCAAGUUGUGAAUAUGAAAGAGAGCACUCCAAGCUGAAAGAAGGUCUCUAAAUCACAAAGAAAUUGAAUACUUGCUGUAAGAGACUAUAUUUCACAAGCACUUGAUUGUAUCAGAUAAUCAACAAGGUCUCUUUUCUGUACACAAGAAUUCCUUUGUGUAAAAUACCUAAAUACACAUAUUCUUGUAUGUUUCAGCAAUG